UGUUGUCGGUGGUGGUUAUGGAGAUGAAAUGGGACUACGAGCUGUCAACAUUACGGUGAUGUUCGUGUGUCCAUCAGAGGGAUGCCCAGGAAGAUAGGAUUCAUUGUGAUUAACUCUUCAAGUCAUGAGGACAACUUCAGUGCCAAGGAGCUCAUGGUCCAUGCACCCACAGUCAAUGGCUGGAGAUCCAGCAGGCGGUGCGCCUACCCUCAGCACAUCACCCUCCAGCUGGUGGAGAGAAGCAGGGUGAGGAAACUGCAACUGCUGGCCCACCAGUACCUGAUCCCAGCCAAGGUGGAGUUCCACAUUGGAGACACCCUCCCUGAAACCAGCACCUCAGGGAUCCCUGGCCAGCUUCGCAGACUCGGGUAUGUGUCUUUGUCGGACAAUGAGAAGACAGGCUUCAAAGCUCGGGAGCUGAAGUCAGUCCAUGUAGACGCCGUCGGGACGUACCUGAGAAUAACCUUCCAUAGGAACCAUGUCAACCAUUACAAUCACCACAAUCAGGUUGCUUUGGUCGCCAUUAAUGUUCUGGGAGAUUCUUUGGAUGGCAAUGCUUUUAACACAAUUCCAAGCAGAGAGCAGCUGAUCGAACAUUACCUCAACAGUACCCAGCUGGAGGCCGCCUUGGACACGACCUUCAUGGGCAAAUGUGAGUCCAUCUCCCCGUUGGACGACCUCGCCUUCGACAUGUACCAGGACCCCGAAGUUGCCCACAUCAUCCGACUCCUGGACCAAAAGAAGCAGGACAUGGUGCGGCAAGAGAAAUUCGAGCAGGCCAAGAAUCUGAAGCAGGCCAUCGCAGAUCUGCAAAAGGUGGGGGAGCGUUUGGCUCGAUAUGACGUGGAGAAGCGAUGUGCGAUCGAAAAGGAAGAUUAUGACCUGGCCAAGAAGAAGAAGGAGCUGAUGGAGGAGUACAGGAAGAGCGUCUACCAGCAGCUGGAGGUCCACAACCUGCUGGACAUGGCAACGAUCACACGGGCUGCAGAUUCAUCCCCAGCCCAGGAUCCUCCCUCCGUUCUGCCUUCUCCAGGUCACCGUUCAGCCCCCACCAAGCCCCUUGUGUCCACAGACACAUCCAGGAAGGGGAAAAAAACUAACGCUCCUCAGAACCAACAGCCAGAUGCAGAAACUGUGGUGCCCAAACUAAGCAGCUUACCUGACACACCGUGCACCCCUGCUGCAGUACCAAAGAUAGAUGUUACCAGUGUGCCUUAUGAUGAGAGGCCUCUACCAGCCCUUCAGAGGAAAGAGCGGCCUUUGGAGGCCACCCCAAGCCCUGCAGAGCAGCACUCCCCCCAUUCUGACGCCCAAAGGACCCCACGCAGCCCUGAGAUAAGCGGAGAGCCAGAGCUUCUGACAGAGAAGGCCCAGAGAGAGGCUGGCCUUCCAAUAGAGGUGUAUGGAGAAAGUCUGGUGGCUGGGGCGUAUUCCAAAACCUGGUCCUACAGAGAGGAUGCUCUCCUGGCUGUGCACAAGAAGCUUAUGGGGCUGUCCCCCACCACCCCGAAGGAGGAGCUGAGAAACAUGAUAAGAGCUGCAGUCUUCCUGGUCAAGAGGGCCCUCCUGGACAAAGUGUCAUCUGUUUUCCACGCCUCCUUGAAGUUGCUGCGGCUACUGCUGAAUCAGCUGAUCCCAGGUCUGGGGCUGGGCCGGACCGAGGUGACCCACUGCAUAGAUCAGACUUGGCCUAACCUACUGGCCAGGACCGGAGACUCAGCCAGCCGCCUCCGGGGCACGGCCACUGCCUUCAUACAGGAAAUUGCUGUUUUGAAGGACGUACGCGCCCUGCAGGUAAUCCCUGGCGAGCUGGUGAAGCCCUUCAAAUCCAACUUCCCCUCUCGUUUGGCUCAGAGUCGGGCCGAGCUGCUUGAGAAGCUGCUCGCUGAACUGGGUACAGAGAACUCUGGCUUUACCCUGGACAAUGUCAUGACGUUCUGUACGGCAGCUUUGGAGCACAAUGCGUCAGCAGUUCGAGAGCUGGCAGUGCGCGUCAUAUUAUCCAUGUACCAGCAGCACAGAGCAUCUGUUCUCAGCUACCUUUCACCAAACGAUGCUGCUGUACGGAAGAACUUCCUCUUCAAAACCCUCUUUGAUGGCUUUGCCAAGAUUGACGGAAAGCUGGUGGACACUCAGACUUUGAAGAAGGGAGGUGGUCAGCAGGAUGGGCAAAAAGAGAAGGAGGAGAUCCACUCCCUUCAGGAGCAGCUGGCAGCCUUGAAAGAGAUCACAGAAAGAGGGAAUGAAAGCACUGAAGGACAAAAGCCCAAGAGAGAAGUUCCCACAGUUGAGUCCCCAAAAGCUGGCAAAACAACUGACACAGAAGUGCAGCAGAAUGAUGUCACAGACAGUAUUGACCUUCGACAGACUGUCAGCUAUCUGGAUAACUUGUGUAUAUUCUGCAAUAAAAAGGAUGAGUCGUUCACAGAGGAUGGAUUGGACCUUCACUAUUGGAAACACUGUCCCAUGCUGAGACGCUGCGAUGAAUGUAGACAGGUAGUGGAGAUAGCCAGCCUCACAGAGCACCUGCUGGGGGAAUGUGAAAGCAGCUCCAAGUUCAGCCAGUGCCCACGCUGCUCAGAGGCCGUGGCCACUGAAGACUUGACUCGCCAUGUCCAGGGGCCCGCCUGCAACCCCCCCAUCUCGGGUAAAGGCUCCAACCACUGUCCUUUGUGUCACAACAACUUCAUGCCUGGAGAAAAGGCCUGGAAGGCUCACCUCAUGGGCAGGGAGGGCUGUAAACAAAACUCACGCAGGACUGCGGUGUCCCAGAGAACUCAGCCAGCACAAGGCAGGGCUGUCGGUGGAGCCAAGCUGAAGCAGGCCUGGUCGGUCGGGGCCAGAGCCAGACCCAUGGGCAGAGGCAGCCGGAUCCCAGCCCUGGCACCUCUGGCCAGAGGACAUACACCAGGGAAACACUGAAACUGGUGCAAAGCACACAGGGGAGGAACCCGACAGCAGCAAACACCCCUGUAGUAACCCCACCCUAUUCCCAUAUUUCCUGGUCCCACGUUUCUGCAUAUCUGCACUUUUAUAAAAGACAUCUGAUAGGUUUCACUUAUUUUAAAGAUUACCAAAAAGAUAAUACUACUGUCUUAUCAGCUAAUGUAUAAACAUUGCAACAUGGUGUUGUAUCCAGAUAUUGAGACUCUGUAGAUAGGCACAUUAACUCUGAUUGGUAUUUAGUUCUGUUGUGGUCAGUGACAGAAAAUCUACACAGAGAGGAGGCAGCUGGACUCACCAGUGUUAAGUCUCUUGCUUCUUAUGUUUGUAUGUCAGACCUCUGGCGUCACACACCUGCCAGGUUAAUGAACACACGCACCUGUGCUGUUUGUUGAUAUGUCCUUAUAGGAUGUCUCCGUUUGGAAGCGCUUAUUUUUCAUAUUGCUCACUGCCAUUUGGAGCCACCAUGGCUGGGAAUUUUGGGAAGCAUCUUCCCAUUCGACCCUGUCUGUCUGGUAGAUUCUCCCGAUACAAUUUACAAUCUAGGCUUUCUCUUACACAGGUGUUUUCACUGAGGCCAAGCUGAGAUAACACUGGUAACAUCACUAAGACAUCAUCAGGGUUAUUUUAUCUGAGUUGACAAAGCUACUAAACUAACCGUCCUACACAAGCUAUCCAAUGCUGCUAAAAAUGUGCAUAUUUUAAUUUAAAAAAAAAAGGAUUUUCAGCAUAUUUUAAAUUAUAUUUACACCACAAACUCUAAAACAAGUGACCUCUUCUCAUGGAUAACCAGUCUAGUCUCAUUAAAUAUGUAAUCAAUCGCUCCAUCUUACCAGAGGACAGUGACAGCAGCUGACACUUAGAAACACUCCUCUUUUCGUAGAAGUAGUAAUGAGAGCAGAGGAGGAAUGAGGUUUAGUUACAGGCAGAAGACUUUCCUCCCUUGGCAACACUCCAGCGUCCCAAAGCCUCUGACGACCUGAGUACAGCUUUACUGUCAGCUUCACGCUUUGCCAUCUGUUUACAUUUUUCUUUUCAUUUCAUAACGUAGAUAAAUUAUAUAGAAGGAAUGGAGUACUUUGCCAAAGGGAUGAUGCUGAAUUCUCAGUAUAGUAUGAACUUAUUUCCCUGCUUAAUUUCUACUGACAAUCUUGAGUAGAUAGCAUAGUUGUAUACGCUGUACUAGUCCAGUGAGAGGGAUAAAGUAGACCUUUUAACUUAACACAAUUAUUUAAAUGAAAAAACACAGUGGGGAUGAAUGAACAGAAUUUGUGUAGCACCUAUUUUUCUCCAACUUUUGCCAGAUAUGACUGAAGCCGAACCCAACAGACAGUUUGAAGCACUUCAGACUGUUUUUUACCACAGUCACAACCACAAAAAUGUUAAGAACUCCCUCAAUAAUUUGCAGGAUUUAUAGUUAAUGCUAUAAUUUCACUACUUCUGUUGUACUGCACAGUGUUAUGACAAUGUUGAUUGUAAUAUAUAUUUUGCUUCAUUCACAGCCAAGAACAAGUAAAACAAAAACAUCCAUGAAAACAGUUUAGCAGGGUAAAUUAAUAUUAAAGUGCAUUACAACAUUAACUGUUAUAUUAGUGGACAAAACAGCUUAAAUAUAGAUGAUGUAUAUGAGAGUAUAUUUGGUUUUAACUUCCCAAUUCAUCACAUUGGCUUUAACAUGCUUCUGUAUGGAGGACUGUUGCAACAGUGGAUAUUUUUGGUGUUUUCUAUGUGCAUAGUAGUCAGUAUUUUCUGAAUAUAAAUUCUGUCAUUAAAUGGCUAUUUUUUCUGCCGAAGUAUCUGUAUUUGUUUAAUAAAUAAAGCUACAUAAGCUGAG